AUGAGCCUUGAUCCCAAUGCCUUUCCGAGGUCGAACUCCCCCGCAAGCUCCGAGAGCUCCUUGACGCGCUCCCGUUUACAAGGCAAGGAAGGGUCCCCCAAGAAAGACAAGAAUUACCGCCGGUAUGCGUCCAGCGUUGAACGAGCGCUUUCGCUCUUCGAUAAUGCCCUACAAGAAUGGGCCGACUAUAUCUCUUUCCUCAGUCGCCUGCUAAAGGCACUUCAAACCCACCCGCCCGAUCAACCUGUCGUUCCCCAUAAAGUGCUAGUAUCCAAGCGACUUGCGCAAUGCUUAAACCCAUCAUUGCCAUCAGGCGUGCACCAGAAGGCCCUCGAAGUCUAUACGUACAUAUUUGGCUUGAUAAAGCUUGAGGGACUGUCGCACGACUUGCCUUUGUAUCUUCCUGGCCUUGCACCAACGUUGACAUUCGCCUCUUUAACUGUCCGACCACUUUUCCUGUCCUUAGUCGAAGGAUACAUAGUUGAUUUGGAACCGUGGGCGAUUCGACCUGCCUUGAAAGCUAUCAUUCUUGCCCUACUCCCUGGACUCGAGGAGGAAACAAGCGAUGACUUCGAGCCUACAUUACGUGCUAUUAACAAACUUCGUGAUGCCGCUGGGCGCCUUGAGACACAAAGAACAUCUGAAGCGGGGGCCUCUGGGCAGUACUUCUGGCAGUGCCUCUUUUUAGCAUCCAUCACUAACCCUAGCCGGCGGCUUGGUGUCCUGGCAUACUUGAACCGCUUUCUACCAAAGUUGGGCAUCUCAGACCGCCGUCCAAGCACGACUGGUGGAAAUGAUGUGCCUGAUAUCCCACCGGAGAUGCUAGCCGCAGCAGACUCCGUCAUUCUACCGGAGCCUGGCCUCUUGAUUCGCUGCAUCGCAUCAGGUUUAUCCGACGACCAACUUCUUGUCCAGCGCAACUUCCUUGAUCUUCUUGUUACCCAUCUUCCCUUGAGCUCUCCGAUCUUGCAGAACAAGAUUGCAGCCAGCGAUUUGCGGACAUUGGUCAUCGCAGCAGUGGGGGUGGUCACUCGGCGAGAAAUGGGCCUUAACCGUCGGCUCUGGGCUUGGUUCUUGGGGCCUGAUUCCCCAAACGAUAAUUCAUCCAUGGAUGACCGAAAAUUCUCAUCGGAAACCGCCCGAUCUGCCUCUGUUGAUGGCAAGGAACUUACGCAAUCGCAGUAUUUCAGCCGGGUGGGCUUGCAGCCAUUAGUUACUGGUUUGUUAGAUAUGAUUAAACAAGCACCGGCCACUCCGUCCGAGAGAACCAAACCUUUCCGGAUAGCUUUGUCACUAAUGGAUCGUUGGGAAAUCGGCGGAUACAUUGUCCCUGCGGUGUUCUUACCCACAGUGCGCAGCGUCAAGGUUUUUGAAGCCGAAGCUCCUAAAGCCCACUUCGAAGAGGUAUUUCGCAGUGCGAGCGCCUUCUUCGAUGGUGUUGAAAGUGGCGUGAUUUUCUCAGAGCUACUGGGGUUGGUUGACUACCGAUCUGCCGAUUUGGACAGUGACAUUGACCGGGUCUUGCGUGACUUGGAUCUUGCACAAUUUAUCAUUGAGAACUUUAAUGUCCGCGAGGAGGAUAUGGUUCAGAUCCAUGUUCCCUUGUUAGCAUUGUCAGUGCUCGUGAAGAUGAGAAAUAUCUCACCCACUCAGAGUACAGCCAAUAAACAGGCUGUCUCCACGGCGUUGAACAAAGUUCUUAAGUCGUUGAUUAGUUUGCUCACAGAACGAGCCUUUUCAAAGAAGACUGGCUCUGAAAAGACUCUUGCCAGCGAACCAAAGUCUCGAAGUAGUGAUGUUUUGAAAACUGUCCACAGUUUCUACGAACAAAGCAAGAAUAGCCUAGAGCUUCCAUCUCUUCCAUAUGCCCCAAAGAACCUCGGGGAGAUGAUGAUUCGAGAAGCUCACGAACUGGCUAUCUCGGGACUGAGAGCUCGAAAUGAUAUAGUGUCCGUUCACGAAAAUCUGGAUAUUCUUGUGACAUUGCUCAAGAAGCUUCCAAAGUCGCGGGUUUUGCGAGAUCGAAAGCUUUUCGAGGCACUCUCUCAGAGAUUGGAUAUAGGGAAGGACAAGCCCACGACAGCCUCCUUUUCAGUAAUCUCCACAAUUGCCUCGACGGUGACGAGUCUAUUCUUCAUCCACACUCCUGGCUUCUAUGUCAGCUAUGAAGAUGCCUGUGACCUGAUCACUCCAUUGGUCAAUCAAAUCUGGUGGUAUCUCUCACCUCUAAGUCCGAAGUUCCACGUGGAAGCCGUUCGCUGCUUAUGGCUCUUGCACUCAAUCUCUUGGAUUGAUCAUCUCGUCGAGGCUUCAUUGACCUCUUUGAUGGUCAAUGUCUCAGCGGCAGGCUCCCGUCACCUUUCGUCCGAGCAGCAGGCCGAGCGAUUCUAUGUCCUAUGGAACCACAGCCACCACAAUAUACACGAGCAACCCCCGAAGCAAGUUCUUGAUGUUGGGGGGACCUUAUUCUCCUAUCAGUGCUCGAUGCUCGAACGCCCACUCUUCAUUGUACUUGAUCUUCUAUCUCAAGAGUCAAGCGAUAGCUCCCAGAGUGUUCAGCUGUGGCUUCAAGAUUUACCGUCCAUCCACAAGGUCUUUCAUGUUAUUAUUUCCAAACUUGAUGAGUUAUCUGAGAAUGACGAUGCCGGCGAGACGGACGCAAGCAGCCAGUCAAUUUCCCCCGAUGACUACAAGGAGUGUGACUACUUGCUACAGACAGCCUCAAAUAUCAUCGCCGCUCUUUCUCAUAAUGGAUGGAUCACUCUUCUUACCCAUGUGCUAGGAAAUGAGAAGCGCCCUGAAACAUCAAAAUCGGAAGACAACACAGAUUCUAAAAGUCUCCAUGCCGCCAUAUUUGAGGCAUCUCUUCGCAUUGUCAGCACACAGACCACGAACUCAAUAGAAGUGUGUCUGGAAGGAGAACGCCUACAAAAGCAUGCCCUCCAGCUCAUGCGCCAACUUCUUCUUGGACCUGGAGCAGAAGAACUAGUCGAGUCUGGUAUUGAUGAUUUCUUGGUUGAACGCCUUCUUGUGUCGUCGGAAGGAGGCAGCAUUACGGUCCAGGGUGCGCUCAUUGAUGCACUCCUUGCUGCGUUGAAAGUGCGAUUUGCGCAAGCAUAUCUACCCCCACCUCCGCCUCGGCCCAAGCAUUUACGAGCAAGCUCUCGUGAUCGUCUGACUAGCCCUUCGAUCUUGUCAUUCACCAGCGACAAAGGAGACAGAAGGCCCUCGAUGCCUCGACUGCCGCAACCACCGGAGCGCCUCCUGGAUUGUCUUCUAAAGGGAAUCAGCUCGCCAAAGUCCCGAGAAAUUGUCGACAAGUGGAUAGUCCUACUUUGUGAGGUCCUUCCUCUGUACUCGGGUUCCAUAUUCCAGAUUCUGUUGAUGCUUUCGGAAUGUUUCUGCCGGGAGAUUCGGGCCUCUUAUGGCAGGCUCCAGCUGUCCUUCCAUCAAACAGAAGACUGGCCGCAGGACCGUUCUGAGCAUGUCACAAUUGCUCUUCUCUCCGGCCUCGAGACUUGUAUCGCAAAUGCCCAUGAGCGCCUGAUUAUUGAAGAGGCUAACGUCCCAGCGGCCAAGAGCCCUGAUCAACCGCAAGGCUUUUUCGGCAAUAUGGUGUCUGGAGUGUUCAACUCGGAAGGCGGCCAGGGUCGCCCCAACACCGCGAAUGAUCGAUUGACUGUCCUUCUCUGUUUCCAAGAUGCCGUUCGCUUGUGCUUCUCCAUCUGGUCAUGGGGCGCAGGAGAUCACAGUGGAUCUACCAUCGAUUCUGAAUCCUUGGCUUCAUUCCAGUAUACCUCGCUGCGAAUGAGAAAUCGAUCAAGGCGGAUUUUGGAGCACUUCUUUACAGCAGAAGCACUUGAAUGCCUGGAGACAUUAGUUGAAAUGUGGUCCAAGUCUGACACCGAGACAGCGUCCCUCAUCUUUGACCUUCUUCAUACCCUUGACGGAUCGAGCCCGAAGAUAACCAUUCCCGCCAUCUUCAAUGCAAUCUACACACGCACCAACCCCAGUGCUUUGGAUUCCAGCCGCAAAUCGUCGUUGACUUCCAGCCUUUCCGAAUCUGAGCUUGCCAGCUUUUUGGUAACAUACGCCCGAUCACUAGAUGAUGAUGUUCUGGAUGAAAUUUGGACAGACUGCACGACGUUUUUGCGUGAUGUUCUGAGCAAUCCAUUCCCACACCGGCAGAUACUUCCACGUUUGAUCGAAUUUGCUGCCAUUCUGGGUGUGAAAUUGGAGAACACGACCUUUGGCGAAGACCGCCGUAUGCGAAAGGAACUCGGAGAUGUUCUUCUGCGACUCCUCACAGCGGUCUUCACGAGCAAGCCUUUAGGUCUCAACCAAGACACUGGACCCAUGGCAAGAUCGUCCGUGGAUCACGAUCGCACUUCAGUCUCACACACCGGACCCGACGACAUGCUGAGCAUUUUAGCGGUCUCUAUGCCGUCAUUCAUCACGACCCUGGGUGAUUCGGACCGGAUCAACACUGCCAUCACGGGUGUCUCAACCAACGUGGUGAGUCCUCUUAUUCGAUCUCGCCUCUUCCCCAACAACCUCAACCGAAAUGUCAUGAUUUUGUUGCAACAAAUGGCCAAAGUACCGGCAGCGGCGAAGUUGUGGAAGAAGGACAUCUCCGACGCAUUCAACGAUCCCCGAUUCUUCGGAUUGCAGUUGGAUUUAGCGAAGAAUAGCUGGAUGGACCUGUUACGUCAGUGGGUUCUUGUCGACAAGGAACGGCUCUCUGAAUUACUGGUUCGACUGCCACCGCCAAGCGCAGCGGGCAUAAUGUUUGGUGUAGGGGCUUCUGCAGCGCGGUUAGAAGCCGAUCGAAAAGCGCAACUCAACCUCCGGCGAAUCGCACUCCUCCUGCUGUCUGCCAACGAAGACUACUUCGUUGGAGAGUUACCGGCCUUGCUUCAAAAAUUGGAAGAUCUCCUCGCAGCAACUAGCUCUUCAUCGCCAUCUUCGGCCACUCGGGCAGAAGUCUUCAUGGUCCUACGUGCCGUCGCACUCAAGAGCUCCGCUUCUGCAAUGGCGCCAUUCUGGCCUUUAAUCAACACGGAGCUGCAAGAAGCAAUUUCCGCAGUUCCGCAAGGCUUUCAGGCAGAACUGUAUAACCCCUACUCGUUGCUUCAGGCAUGCAAGCUCCUCGAUAUUCUGCUUGUACUUGCCCCAGAUGACUUCCAACUCCUCGAGUGGCUUUUCGUAACUGACACCAUCGACGCUGUCUACCCACCGGAUCGUUGGGAACCAAUUGCUCUAGCAGAUGAAGUCUCUCAAAGCUUCAGCCCUCGCAGUACCAUUUCACCCACUCUUCCUGUGGAGACGAAUGAACCACAACACCGCAGUGGUCUGAAGCGACCUUGGCUCAUCUCUGACUGGAUCCGGGAGACGGCUAAGGAUGAGAUCACUGAGCGUGUCUUGCGACCGUUCUUUGAUCGAUUGAGUAUUUACGUAUUUGAAAGUACGUAUGGUAUGGGCAGUGUAGAUCUGACGGUAUGCCGGGAUGACCUUUUGGCGGAUCUCUUCAAUGAGAGCACGAUGGCCAAUUAA